ACCGAGUCCAGCCAGCUCUUCUACCCUCCAGAAGACUUGAUCCCAACCCAUGCAGGUCCUCCGCGCCUCCAUCGCUUGCGCCCUCGCUGUCAGCGCCGUGUGCGCUCAGGACGUCGUCCCCAGCUUGGUGACGUCGUCGGCGUCCUCUAGUGCUGUGAGCUUCAGCUCGGGCUCGAACAACGUGGCCAACUCGGACGGCAGCACCGUCAUCUCUAGCGGCAGCUAUAGCGCCGCCAGCGCCUCCAACACCGCCGAGACGGACGACACCUUGAUCGACGUGAUCUCCAGCAGCUCGGGGAGCGCGACGACCGCUGGCAGCGCGUACUCCGGCAGCGUCGACGACGCGGGCGUCGGCUCCGCCGACUCGAACAGCACGGACGUCGGCAUCUCCAGCGCCAGCGUCGACGUUGACGCGACCGUCACGGCCAGCACUUCGGGCUCCUCGGACGCCACCAUCACGGAGUCGUCCACGGCUUCCACGAGUGCUAGCACCACCACUGACACGACGUCUUCGUCCGCGUCGGCGUCCGCCUCCUCGUCGACGGCUGCGUCCACCUCCUCUUCGGGAUCCAGCGGCGCGGCCUCGGUCACCGCCUCGUGCGGAGCUGCCGUGGCGAGCGUCCUCGUCGCCGCCGCGUACUUCAUGUAG